UGAGCUUUGGUUAUCGUGCGAAAAGGCCGCAACUACGGUUGUUGUACGUCGUAAAUGUUGGAAUUUUUUUCACGCAAACUGUUGAUAAUAAAACUAUACAAAGUGUGUUAGGAACAAUACUGUGUCAGAAAUGGCUGAAAUUAUGACUAAAAACGAGUUUGAUUUUAACUUAGAGUUGUAAAAACUGUGCCGCCACUAACGGUAGUUAAGUGUGAGUUUUUUAAAUUUUUCUUUAGCCGGCAGCGCUGGCCGUUAAAGCGGCUAACUGGCGCUGACAAAGACAGUGCGCUGAAAAAUGUUCAAGCGGUGAAGCACUUUUAAAUUGGCUGUAACUUAAAUUUUUUCGUGUGUGCGCGUAAUGACUUUUCCGUUGCCUACAUUUAGGCACUUAACCCAACAACAGCCGCAAUCUAAGCCGCCUACAACAACCUGCUGUUGCUGUUAAGCGCUUGUUCCGGUCGCGUUCCUUGCGCUAAACCUCCGCGCUGUUCCGUCAACACAUUAAUAUUGCAGUCGUUUGCUGCGUCACGCCGUCAUGCCGCCAACAUUUGUUUAUCAUUGACGCCGUUACUCGCUAAUUGCUGUGAUUCGUUGUUGUUGCAAUCGCUGCUGCGCCGCUCAAGGCUCGUUAGUCGCGGCUGUCUGGCUUGGAUGCUUACUAACACAAAUCCAUUUUGGGUUAAGUGCGACAAUUAAUUUUUGUUGUAAUUAUCGGCGACGUAGUUGGCAGGCGUUAAAACUGUCUAAUUGAAUUGAAUUGUGGACGCAAACGAAUUUGUCGUGAGAGCGCUACGUGUUUGUGUGUGUGCCCGUGUCUAUUAGUGUUACUUGAAACACUUGUGAGUGUUAGCGGUGCUCAGUGUAAGGCUUGACUGAAAUUGUAACGCCUUGAAGCAGGCUAUACUUUAUGACGGUGUGUGGUUUUGCUUGCUGUAAGCGGUUUUAUGUGUGAUUUUUUUUUUUGAAUUUGUUUAAAAAAAUGGCUUUGUAAAAAAUAAAUUUUAAAGAAAUGUUAAGAAAAAAAUUUGCAAACACACUUUUUCGCUUACUGCUUAAAAAAUAAGUUGCUAACUCAAAAUUUCUUUUAUCAAAUAUUGAUUUGUACAUUUUGUGUAUUAAAUAUAUUAAAAAAUAAAAUAAAAAAUAUAGUUUUAAAGUAUAGAGUUCUUGGUGACUUAGCAAGUGUUGAAGAAUUCUAUGACAAAAUGCAAAAAUAUAUAAGAUUUAAUAUCUUCAAAAAAAUUACGCGCAGACUUAUUAAAAAUACAAAAUUUGUAAAAAAUGUUUAUAAGGUGCUUUAAAUUUUUUGAAAAGAUAUGCUAAACUGAAAAUUAGAGACGUAUUUAAAAGAAAUAAAAAAAAAUUUAAAACUUAUUUUGUUUUAAAAAAAACUGAAACAAGCAUAAAUAUAAUGGCAUUAUCAUGCGAAAAAAAAAACCUAAAAAUAAAUAAAAAACACUAAAUAUUUGGAAAUACAUAACAGUUUCCAAAAUUCGACAUACUAAAGUCCAAAAAAAUGUUUGUUGCAAAGUUUGCUCCAAAAAACAACGAAAUAAACACAAUAAAAUUAAUUUAAAAUUAAAUUUUAGCCACAAACAUUUCUAAACUAAGCAAUUGAAGAAUAUAAAGAAUACAAAAAUUGACAUCCCCGCAAAUAAAAUGCUGCUGCUUGGCCUCUUCAGCCACCUGCUAAGCAGUGGCAAGUUCUGGACGACGCGGCGCCCAAACGCCAGUCAACACAUGGAUAUACGAUUUGUCUUCGUUAUAUUUUUUCUGCUUAAAUGGUCGCAUGCACAAGGUUCACAUCCGCCACGAAUAGUCGAGCAUCCGAUAGAUACGACGGUGCCGCGGCAUGAACCGGCGACACUUAAUUGCAAAGCAGAGGGCUCACCAACGCCCACAAUACAAUGGUUUAAGGAUGGUGUGCCGCUGAAAAUACUGCCCGGAUCCCACAGGAUUACGCUGCCGGCAGGUGGCUUAUUUUUUCUCAAGGUUGUAAAUUCGCGUCGCGAAACGGAUGCUGGCGUCUACUGGUGUGAGGCGAAAAACGAGUUGGGUGUGGCGAGAAGUCGAAAUGCGACGCUGCAAGUUGCCGUGCUACGCGACGAAUUCCGUCUGGAGCCGCAAAAUACACGCAUAGCACAGGGUGACACAGCGCUACUGGAAUGUGCCGCACCACGUGGCAUCCCCGAACCAACGGUGUCAUGGAAGAAAGGUGGCCAGAAAUUGGAUUUGGAUAGCAUGAAGCGUAUACGCAUUGUCGACGGUGGCAACUUAGCCAUACAGGAUGCACGUCAAAGUGAUGAGGGUCAAUAUCAAUGCAUUGCCAAGAAUCCUGUGGGCGUGCGGGAAUCUGUGUUGGCGACGCUCAAGGUGCAUGUGAAACCAUUUAUCAUACGUGGCCCACAUGAUCAAACAGUAUUGGAGGGCUCAUCGGUGACGUUUCCUUGUCGCGUUGGCGGUGAUCCAAUGCCAGAUGUUUUAUGGUUGCGCACAGCAUCCGGCGGAAAUAUGCCAUUGGAUCGCGUAAGUGUGCUCGAGGACCGCAGCUUGCGUCUAGAGCGUGUGACAAUCGCAGAUGAAGGUGAAUACAGUUGUGAAGCGGAUAAUGUGGUCGGUGCGAUCUCCGCCAUGGGCACGCUGACGGUGUUUGCACCACCCAAGUUCAUACAGCGUCCAAUAAGCAAAUCCAUCGAACUGGGCGCCGAUACUUCGUUCGAAUGCCGGGCAAGUGGCAAUCCGCGUCCCACACUUUUCUGGACCAUUAAAAAUAACCGCACAAUCGUAUUUCCGGGCGCGCCACCACUAGAUCGAUUUCAAAGCAUUAACACCGAGGAGGGUCACUCAAUAUUGACACUGACGAAUUUCCAACGCACCGACCGCGAUUUGGUUGUGGUUUGUAAUGCCAUGAAUGAGGUUGCAACAAUAACGGCACGCGCACAGCUAACACUAGACUCGCAAGAGGACCGCCCACCGCCCAUUAUAAUUGCUGGGCCGGUUAAUCAGACGCUACCCGUCAAAUCAUUAGCCACAUUACAGUGUAAGGCUAUUGGAUUGCCGAAUCCAACUAUUUCCUGGUAUCGCGACGGCAUACCCGUGCAUCCGAAUGCUAAAGUGAACAUUACAGCGGCCGGUGAUUUGGUAAUUUCCGAUUUGGACCGCAAAGAAGAUCAGGGUUUGUACACAUGUGUAGCGAGCAGUCGCACGGGCAAGUCCACAUGGAGCGGUUAUCUGCGCAUCGAAGUGCCCACCAAUCCGAAUAUUAAAUUCUAUCGUGCACCCGAACAAACCAAAUGUCCCAAUGCACCCGGUCAACCCACCAUAUUGAAUGCAUCCGCCAAUGCGCUCACUAUUGUCUGGCCGACAAGCGACAAGGCGGGCGCCUCACCACUACUCGGCUACACGGUCGAGAUGUAUUCAACGAAUAAAAGUAAGACGUGGAUACCGAUAGCGGCACGCUUGAAUGAACCCAUUUUCACGGUUGAAGGCCUUAGUGGCGGUGCGGCGUAUAUGUUUAUUGUGCGCGCUGAGAAUGCACACGGUUUCUCGCCGCCCAGCCCCAUUUCGGAGCCAAUUACGGCGGGCAAAUUACUCGGUGCCGGCGAUGGCGGCGUUGGUGGUGGUGUCGGCAAAAGCGGUACAUCCACAUCGGAGUUGCUGCUCAAUGAAGCGGAAGCUGUGCUGCAAAGCAACGACUUGGUCGAGCUACUCGAGGCCAAUGCCACCGAUUCGACGACGGUACGUCUCGCUUGGGACAUUGACAGCGGUCAGUAUAUUGAGGGUUUCUACAUAUACGCCCGUGAACUACACUCGGCCGAAUACAAAAUGAUGACCAUAUUGAAUGCGGGUAGCGGCGCAUCGGCGUGCACUGUCAAUGGACUGGAUAAGGCAAGCAUGUAUGAGUUUUUUCUUGUGCCAUUUUUCAAGAGCAUCGUAGGCAAACCGUCCAAUUCGAAACGUGUGCGCACCAUGGAAGAUGUGCCCGAAUCGCCACCGCAUGCCAUGGAGGCCAUACAAUUCAAUCGUACAUCGGUGUUCCUCAAAUGGCAGCCGCCCUAUCCGAAUAAGACACGAAAUGGUAUUUUAACCAACUACAACGUGCUGGUAAAGGGUCUGGACUCGCACAAUACGACACGCAUUUUCAAAAAUAUGACCAUCGAUGCCGGCUCACCGACAUUGCUGUUGGCCAACCUCAGCACCGGCGUUACAUAUUACAUUUCCGUUGCGGCAGCCACCAAGGUGGGUGUGGGCCCAUUCAGCAAGCCGGCUGUGCUGCGCAUGGAUCCACGCACACAAUCGCUCGACACCGGUUACACUAGGUAUCCCAUCAAUCGCGACAUUGCUGAUGAUUUUCUAACACAGACUUGGUUCAUCAUUCUGCUGGGCUCCAUUAUAGCGUUAAUUGUGUUUCUCUUCGGCGCUUUGGUGCUCUUCAAACGUUAUCAAUUCAUUAAGCAAACAUCGUUGGGCAGUUUACAUGGCAAUCACGCAAUCGGUGCGGUGCGCAAAUUUCCUACGCUACCAUUAAAUGCCAAUGGUGUUUGGAUCGAUCCGACCGGUGGCGUAUGGCGUCAGGCUAGCAAUUGCACAACAAAGGACCAACUUCCGGAUUACGCACAAGUCACCGGGCAGCAAACGUUGCCAUUACCCGAUUAUGAACGGCUGACACCGCUCAACAUGCCCGAUUAUGCUGAGGUUGCAUGUUCAACAUUCAAAACACCCAACGGCCCAUUGGGACACGUAACGCCAAACGGAAAUGCACAUGCCAUAUUGCAGCAAACAUCCGUUGGCAAUGUUGGUGGUGCUGGUGGAAACAAUGUGCCAGCCAUCAGUGGCAUACACAAUGGCAAUGCGCUCUAUGAUAGCUGCGGCGCGUAUGCAACAACGAAUUUGGUCGCGAAUACCAAACUCUAUCAGAAUCGCUAUGCCACAACCGCGAAAACAACAGCAGCUAUGCCAGCUACAAUGGGCAACACCGCCGCCAACGUUAAGGCAAUGCGCCAAUUGAGCAAUGCCAACGGCAACAAUAACAACAGUAGUCCAGCGCAUAAUAAACAUGAUGACUAUCGCGCCGCUGGCAUGUACUCGGCGCCACCCAGCGCUCACUAUGCCGGCCUCAUCGAUUUGGCCGCGUCGAAUCCUUUCAAUGACAAAAUGACCGCUUCCACUGCAUCUACGGCGAUUUUGAGCGCCUCACCAGCAAAAAGCGCAAGCAAUAAGAAAACCGAUGUGAAGAGUUUGUACAGUGGUAGUCAGCAAAAAAUCAAUAUUACCGAAAAUAAACUGGAUCUCAUGAGCAACAUCAGUCGCAUUUCGCCCACACCGACCAUUGGCUCGUCCGGCUCAUCUGCCGCCACCGCGUCCAGUUCCGCGGGUAGUGAUAGCGUUAGCACAUCAACUAAUGCGCUUAUGCCGCGCCUGAAUCCCUUCAGCACAGGCAACGUAAGUGGCACUAGCAGCGGCAAUGCUAAUCAACGACAACUACAACAACAACAACUACUUGCCGCUAGUAAUGCGUUGCGGCAGGGACUUGGCGCCUUUGCCAGCACCACUUUGGCCGCGCAGAUGGUAACUGGCGGUGGCGCGGGCACCUUGCGUCGCCAGCGUCAUCCGAAAAUAUUCAAAAGCGAAAAUAACAUAAACUUUGGCAAUCUAUAUGGCAGCGGCAAUAAUGCAACUGCUAGCAAUAAUAAAUCACAAUUGCUCAUUAACCACAUCGGUGGCGGCGGCGUCGCUGGCAAUGCGCUAACACUUAGCGCCGCCACAAAUAACAGCAGCGCCGCGCAUUUUGACUUCCUCACAGGCGGCGAAGAUGGCGCGCUAAGCGUUGGUGGCGGCGGCGCGGCUUUAACUAAUGCGAUCAACGAGGCGGCUAGCAAUUUUGGCGCCGCGCUUAGCACAUCAACGAAUCAACUGCUCAAUGAUUGGGCUUCCAGCGCCACCGUCGCGGCUGAGCAGCAAUCCAACACACAUACACCAGCGAACUCGCAAUCGCCAUUGCAGCACCAACAAACAACCCACCAACCAACGAAUCAACAGCCACAUCAACAAAAUUACAAUCACAGCUUUGGCAGCAAGCAGCCGUGUAAGCAGCAUUUGUAUGUGAAGGCGAAGGAUGGCUCAUGGUCCACCGUCUCCUCGGAUGCCUAUCAAUCCUAUAAGCAGCAGCAGCAACAAUCGCUGACACAAGGUGAUAAGCCACAUACUAUACAACAACAACAACAGCAACAGCAGUCGAUAACAACAGCAAGUCAUAGCAGUAAUUUUAAUGCCAGCAAUAAUAGUUGCAUUAGUAGUAGCAGUAACGGUAGUAGUAGUAUUAAUAGUAGUAGUAAUAUUGCGGGCGCUGCUCAGAAGAGCUUUGAUAGCUGCUUAAAUGAAUUCAACGCGUCACUGCAGAAGGCUAGCGCUAAUAAUAGUAGUUGUAAUUACAGUAAUAUGCCCGCCGCCCCACACACAGACAAACACACAGCCACACAUAAACAGCAAACACACGCGCUAACACAGCCAACGGCAACAACAAGCAAGUAUUUUACGAGCUACGGCGGCAGCGAUAAGGUGUAAAUCAUGAGGCGUUAACGCGCUUUUGCUUCGCUGCAUUUUCACAUUACUUUUUCACGAGUUCAAGCGCCGAAGUUGUUGUAGGUGGCGCUCACUUUCCUAAUUACAAAGCGCAUUAAUGUGUGUCAUUAGCGCUGCUUGCAAUCGCAGUUUUAAGUGCGCAAAACUAGCCAGCGUCAACUGGCGUUGUGUGUUAGAAGUGAAAUUAGUGGCCGGUAGUCUAGCUAAGCGCAAGCUGAGGCGUUAAAUAUUACAUAUAAUAUAUAUAAGAUAUUCAGUUAGAUAAAAAUUAAAGUGCACUCCGAAGAUGAAACGAGUUGAGUGUAGUUGUUGGUGUUUUGGUGCAUAAGCUUGGCGUACACUAACGGUAAAUGCAGAAAACCAUUGUAAAACGAGUAAUUGUCGUGCACAAAUUAUAGUUAAUAUAUGAUGCAAACAUAAAUUGAUACGAUGCUUAAGUUAGUGAAGGUAGGUAAACGAUAUCACGAAACAAAAAAGCAAAAAAUAUUUAAAAGAAAUGCACGAAAAUUCAAAAAUCCCACACAAGUAAUAUAAAUAGCAAAAAUAAAACCAUAUUAAAAAUAAAACGUUUCAUGUUACAUAUAUCCGUGGCAUACUGUAGUUAUGUGUGAGAAAAUGCACUAGCGCUAAACUAACCUGCCUAAGCUGCAAUGAAUACCACUCUUUGUUCGCAUUCUUGCUCUUUUCUAUUUAAGCAGCUAGCAAAUAAGACAUUUCAAAGUUGCAGUUUAGUCUGCAUAACUCAUCUAUUGUACAGUUCCCAACCAACACGCAGUAAUAUGAUGAUAUAAUAUUAGUCGAAUCGGUAGUCUUGUUUUGAACGCUUUUGUAGUAAUUUAUUCCGUGGAUUUUACAAAAAUGAAAAAAGCGAAAUAUCGAAUGGUGAUUCGAUCUCUUGUUUUUCGAGUUGAAAUCACACAGUGAAAUCGACAAAGAUCUAAAAAAAUGGUUUAAAUAGUUUGAACAUGGGGACACCUCGGUAGUUGAUAAACCACGCCCAGAUGUCUAGAAAUACCACUACCAGAGAGGAUAGCGUGACAAAAGUCUCAUAUUGGCCGAUGGUAGCUAGCUCAGAAGGUCAGGUGGAACUUAUCCUACAUAAAGUGUUGAUAAUGAGGAAGCUGUUGAGCAAUGGGGGCCGCAUUUGUUCUGGAUAACAAGCUUAACAGUGUUUAAGAGCAAUUUGAAGAAGCUCUUCUGCGUCAUUUUGGAUCCGUUGAGAAUCAGCCGAAACAGUGAAGCCGACGAACUUGUUUCGAAGACGAUGAAAACUAUACCAACCGUGAGAAAGGUGCCCGCCACAGUGUUUUGGGUUUCGAUAGAUAUGAUCUACAUUGAAUACCUAAGAAAAAGAAAAACGGCGACAACGACGGUCGGUUUCACGGCGAAAUGCCAAAAAACCAGCUAAUUUGACAAAAACAAGCUCACACCUUAGCCGUCGCCACGAGGCCAAAUAGAUCGUAACUGCUGUCUCAUAUAACGUAUUAUCCCAAUUUGAAGCAAUACAACUGCUUUUUGUUUCCAAAAUAGAUAAAGUUGUUCGCCGAAUAGAAAUUUGAGUCGAAUGUCAAGCAUAUAUUUCAAACGGGUUAUAGAAGUUUAGGCAUCAUUGGGUGCACGCUAUCGAGUUACAAAUACACUGCGAAAAAAUAAAUCGCCAUUUUUCGAAUAGUUUCGUAUGUCUUGUGUAUGUCAAGAACAUUUUGGUACGCCAUUCUAUACUUAUUUUCGUACGAACCCCACUGCAAGUUAUUGUAUAUGGAAUUAAUAGCUAUACAAAAAUUUAUUUUGUGGAAAAUAAGUAUUGAGAGUUUACCAGUGAAUAUUUAUAAGUCUUAAACACAGUUUUAGAUUACAGUCUUUCUGCGAACUGUUGAAACUACUGUGCUAACGAACUUUAGAAACCUCGAAAUCUAGACACUAGACAAUGCCACUAUGCACCUUAAUACUACAACUUCGAACUGUGAAUAAAAUAUUAACGAAUAUGUUUAUGAGAAUGCAGUUGUAAAUAGUUGAAAUGCAUUUAUGAAUGAUUUGUAUAUGUUCUAUCAAAGAUAUAGGAAUUCGCAAAUACUAAAGGUUAAAAGUAAAGUUACUUAUAAAGAAAAAAUUAUUUAAUAAUUAUAUAAAUGCGAAUAAAUAUAAAAUAUAGGCAUAAAAUAUAUAAAAAGUAUAAAUAAUAUAUAUAUAUAUAUAUAAAUAUAUAUGUAUAUAUAUAAAUAUAUAUGUAUAUUUAACUAUAUAUACGUAUACCUAUAUAAAGCAUAUUAAUGACGUAAACAUUAGCGGCAUAAAAGACAGACCUAUGAAGUUUAUAGCAAACUGCCAAAAUGACGGCAUUUAUCUAUAAAAAAAAGAAAGAUUUUAAAGCAAAUAAACAUAAGAAAGCACACACACACCACCACAAAUAUGGAAGGGAAAAAUGCAUUACAAAUAAUUAGUGGAAAUAAAAUUUAAAAAAUAGUAAAAAAUUAUGAAAACGCGAAUAUAUGCAAAAGUAGCCAAGAAAUGCGGGAAUAAAAAACAGAGCUAAGCGAAAAAUAUUCACAUAUUUGAAAAGAAAAAGUACUAUACUGCACUUAAGAUUAAAAAAAAAAAAUAACAAAUAAAAAAAAACACAAAUAUCUUAAAAACUCGGCGAUUGCCAGCAACUGCCGCACUUCAACAUACGAGCAUGUACAUAAAUAUAUGAGCAAAUAGUUAGAACUUAAAAAAACUCUCCUGCUGACCCUUGUAGCAAAUAUGUAUGUUGCAGACAAGUUGCACCAAAUCAAUCAUGCAACAACAAGAAAAUUAUUAAAAAAGCAAAAAAGACGAGGAAAUAGGAAAACGAAGCGACAACGCACGCAAACUAGAAAUUUAUGCAGACCUUAAAGCAAAAAUAAAACAAAAAAAAAAAAAAA